AUGGGUCAAUUUCUAACUACCCCUUUAAGCUUAACUCUAGAAUAUUGGAAGGAGGUUGUGGAGCGGGCCCACAACUUAUCAUUAGAGGUCCAGAAGAAGAAGUGGCAAAGUCUCUGUUCCUCUGAAUGGCCCUCUUUUGAAAAGGGAUGGCCAAGGGAUGGGACUUUUGACCGUGCCACUAUCUUACAGGUUAAGGAAUACAUUUUCCACCCAGGACCACACGGACACCCGGACCAGGUGGCCUACAUAGUCACCUGGGAAGACUUGGCCUGGAACCCCACACCUUGGGCAUGGCCAUUCUUACCUCCUCGGGGAACCAGAGAGACUGAUCAAGGGCUCCUUACCCCUUCAGCUCCCCCUAAUCUCAUCUCUUCCCUCCUGCCCCUUCAGACUGCCCAGGUUCUUCCUCUCCGAACUGUAGGGGAUCAGAUCCAGUAUUGGCCUUUUUCAGCUUCUGACUUGUAUAAUUGGAAAACUCAUAACCCCUCUUUUUCUCAGGACCCUCAGGCUUUAACUGCUUUAAUUGAGUCUAUUCUCCUUACCCACCAACCCACUUGGGAAGAUUGUCAGCAACUCCUCCAGGCACUUCUGACCACAGAGGAAAGACAGCGAGUCAUCCUGGAGGCCCGGAAGAACGUUCCUGGGGAGGAUGGGAGACCCACUCAACUCCCAAAUGAAAUAGAUGCAGGAUUUCCUCUGACCAGACCCAACUGGAACCAUGAGACCAUGGCCGGUAGGGAGCAUCUCCGUCUUUAUCGCCAGACUCUGAUAGCGGGUCUCAAAGGGGCUGGAAGGUGCCCAACCAAUUUGGCAAAGGUACGUGCUAUAACCCAGGGGGAAAAUGAGACCCCCACAGGGUUCCUAGAGCGCCUAAUAGAAGGAUACAGGAUGUACACCCCUUUUGACCCCAUGGCCCAGGAGUGUCAGGCAGAUCUUAGUAUGGCCUUUAUAGGACAAUCAGCUCCUGACAUUUGUGGUAAGCUCCAAUGGCUAGAAGGCCUUCAGGGGUACUCCUUACAGGAUUUAGUAAGAGAAGCUGAGAAAAUUUAUAAUAAGCGAGAGACAUUAGAAGAAAGGGAGGACAGAAUCAGGAAAGAACAGGAAGCUAAGAAAAAGAGAAAUAAAGAGUUGAGUUGAAUUUUGGCCACAGUAGUCCAGGGAGCAGGACCAGGUAGGGACCUGGGAGACAAAAGAAGACCUCGAGUGGACAAAGACCAAUGUGCCUAUUGCAAGGAGAGAGGACAUUGGGCUCAAGAAUGUCCAAAGAAGCUGAAUAGACCUCAAAAGAAAACAACCCCAGUCCUGACUCUAGGGGACUAGGGCGGUUGGGGCCAGGAGAUCCCCCCUGAGCCCAGGGUAUCUUUAAAGGUAGGGGGGCAAUUGACUACCUUCAUGGUAGACACAGGAGCCCAGCACUCGGUCUUGACCAUAACCAAAGGGCCCAUGAGUUCCAAAACAGCCUGGGUCCAAGGGGCCACCGGAGGAAAAACAUACAGAUGGACCACAGAAAGAAAAGUGGACCUCAGUAUGGGACAAGUCUCCCACUCGUUCUUGCUGGUCACUGACUGUCCACAUCCCCUUCUUGGGAGAGAUUUACUCUCUAAGCUGGGAGACCACAUCCACUUCACUAGAAUGGGAGCUACCCUAAAGGGAAAGGAUGGAGCUCCACUACAAGUGUUAACCCUGCGAUUGGAAGUUGAACAUCGGUUAUAUGAGGGACCGAUAGCAGAAACUCCUGGUAUAUCUGAUUGGCUAAGUAAAAUCCCCUCGGCAUGGGCCAAGACAGGAGGCCCAGGACUGGCAUGCAACCAGCCUCCAAUAGUGGUCACACUAAAACCAUCUGCAACUCCGGUUUCAAUCAGACAAUACCCUAUGAGCAGAGAGGCCCGAGAGGGAAUCAGACCCCAUAUUCAAAGACUUUUACAAAUAGGCAUACUUCGCCGCUGCCAGUCCCCUUGGAACACCCCGCUGCUCCCCGUAAAGAAGCCAGGAACAAAUGACUAUCAACCAGUCCAAGACUUAAGAGAAGUCAAUCAGAGGAUAGAGGAUAUACACCCCACUGUUCCAAAUCCUUACAAUCUCCUGAGUACCUUGUCCCCCAGUCACAGGUGGUAUACUAUACUUGACCUGAAGGAUGCAUUUUUCUGCCUAAGGCUGAGCCCGGCUAGCCAGCCUAUCUUUGCUUUUGAAUGGAAGGACCCUGAAGCUGGAAUAUCAGGACAACUAACCUGGACACGACUAUCCCAAGGAUUCAAGAACUCCCCUACUCUGUUUGAUGAGGCUCUACACUGUGAUUUGGCUGACUUUCGGGUAAGAAACCCACAGAUUAUGCUCCUCCAGUAUGUGGAUGACCUCCUCUUGGCAGCUGAGACAGAAGCUGACUGUCUACAAGGUACGGAGACUCUCCUAUUGAGACUGGGGGAACUUGGAUACCAGGCCUUGGCAAAGAAAGCCCAGAUCUGCCUACAGCAGGUGAACUAUUUGGGCUAUCGGUUUGAGGGAGGGCAUCGUUGGCUAAGAGAGAGCAGGAAACAGGUGGUAGCCUCUAUCCCCCCACCAACCUCAGCCAGAGGACUCAGAGAGUUCUUGGGAGGCGCAGGAUUCUGUAGACUAUGGAUACUGGGUUUCGCUGAAAUAGCAGUUCCUCUAUAUCCUUUAACAAAGAAUGGGACUCCUUUCGUCUGGAUAGAAGAACACCAGAGAGCCUUUGACAAAAUAAAAAGAGCGCUGCUGAUGGCUCCAGCUCUGGGAUUGCCAGACUUGACAAAACCUUUUGUCUUAUAUAAAAAUAAAUAAAAAAAAAAAAUAACAAAAAAAGUCGUUACUCAGACUUUGGGACCCUGGAAAAGGCCAGUAGCUUAUCUCUCAAAGAAACUGGACAAUGUGGCCACUGGCUGGCCCCGAUGCUUGAGAAUCAUGGCGGCAAUAACAUCCCUGGUUAAAGACUCAGACAAACUCACUAUGGGCCAGCCCUUAACUGUUAUCACACCUCAUGCGGUGGCGUCCAUAAUCAGAGAGCCUCCUGACAGAUGGUUGCCAAAUCCAGGGGUGACCCAUUACCAGGCACUACUAUUAAAUCCAGAAAAGAUCAAGUUUGGUGCCCCCGCCACCCUAAGCCCCGCCACGCUGCUACCAGCCCCCGAGAAAGGCACUGAGAUUCCCCAUGACUGCCAGCAAAUACUUGCGGAGACACAUGGGACUAGGGAAGACCUCACCGACCAGCCCCUAACAGAUGCAGAUGCCACUUGGUAUACGGAUGUGAGCAGUUUUACAGACGGUGAGCAUAAGGCAGGGGCGGCGGUGGUCAAUGGGGAAAAGAUAAUCUGGGCCCUGCCAGCUGGAACAUCAGCCCAACAGGCUGAAUUGGAAGCCCUAACGCAGGCCCUAAAAUUAGCAGAGGGCAAAAAGGUCAACAUUUACACCGAUAGCCGCUAUACGUUUGCCACGGCUCAUGUACAUGGAGAAAUUUACCGAAGGCGGGGGCUCCUCACCUCGGCGGGCAAAGACAUUAAAAACAAAGAAACAAUAGUGGCCCUUCUACAAGCUUUGUACUUACCUAAAAAGGUCAGCAUUAUCCAUUGCCCUGGACAUCAGCGAGACCAGGGGCCGACUGCUCGGGGCAGUCGGAUGGCAGAUGAAACUGCCCGUCAGGUAGCAGAAGGUACAUGCAUUCUCUAUACCCAUUCAUCCCUAGAGACUGAAAUUGAGACACAAGAAAAGGAGGGAGAGGUUCUUUUUACCUACACUGAACAGGAUCUGGAACUCGUUCGGAAGCAAAACGCUACCUUGGACCCAGAAUCUAAAAUGUGGGAAUAUCAGGAUCGAAUCAUACUGCCUCAAAAGGCAGCCCUUGAGCUAAUCUCCCAACUCUACCAGUGGACACACUUAGGACAUAAGAAAUUAAAAACAGUACUAGAAAGAGAAGAACAAUUCUAUUAUUUCCCGGACCUUAAUCAGCUAGUCCAGAAGGUAGUAGGAGAUUGUGUCUCAUGUUCCCUGGUAAAUGCUUCCAGAUCAAAGGUCCCAUCUGGCAAGAGAGAAAGAGGGACACAACCAGGGACUAAUUGGGAAGUAGAUUUCACUGAGGUUCUUCCAGGAAAGUAUGGUUAUAAAUAUCUCCUAGUGUUUAUAGACACUUUCUCAGGGUGGGUUGAAGCUUUCCCCACCCGGAAGGAAACAGCCCAGACUGUGGUGAAGAAACUGAUCACCCUCAAUUCAGACUGGCCAAGACUGCCCAAGGUAAUUGGAUCUGAUAAUGGCCCUGCCUUCGUCUCCCAGGUAAGUCAGGGAGUGGCCAAAACAUUGGGGAUUAAUUAGAAAUUACAUUGUGCUUACAGACCCCAAAGUUCAGGACAGGUAGAAAGAAUGAACAGAACUAUUAAAGAGACCUUAACAAAAUUAGCUCUAGAGACUGGCACUAAAGACUGGGUACAACUCCUGCCUCUAGCCUUAUUUCGGGCUAGAAUUACUCCUGCUAUACAUGGCUUAACCCCCUAUGAAAUCCUUUUUGGAGAACCACCCCCUGUACUCGAUAUAACCUUGUCCCCCUUGCCCUCUUCUUUUGAUAACCCCAGCUUAAAAACAAGACUCCAAGCCCUCCAGAUCAUCCAGAACCAGGUUUGGAGGCCUUUGGCUGCUGUCUACCGGCCUGGGAGUCCACAAAUGCCCCAAUCCUACCAUAUUGAAGAUCAGGUGUACAUGAGAAGACACAACGUAAAGACUCUUGAACCACAGUGGGAAGGACCCUACACAGUUCUCCUGACUACGCCCACAGCCCUCAAAGUAGACGGGAUUUCAGCCUGGAUCCAUGCUUCCCACGCCAAAAGAGCCCCGACUCAGGAGGACGCUGGAAGAUGGCAUCUACACAGAACAUCCAACCCUUUAAAAAUAAGACUUUCCAGAGAUUCCUAA